AUGGCAGCAGAGCAACAAAAACGGAAUAUCGUCAUCAUCGGUGGCGGUAUCAUCGGGUCAACCACAGCAUACUUUCUCUCGCACCAUGAAAAAUUCGAUAGAGAAAGAGAUACAAUUACUCUUCUCGAAGCAACCAAAAUCGCCGGUGGGGCAUCAGGAAAAGCUGGCGGUUUAUUGGGAUUAUGGGCCUAUCCCAGCUGUAUUGUGCCAUUGAGCUAUAAGCUGCAUCAAGAGUUAGCUGAGAAGCACGAUGGAGCUAACCGCUGGGGCUACCGAGCUGUGCACUGCGGCCAAAUCGACAUGGUCGGCGUCCUAUCAAAGCAAAAGAGUACCAAAGGCGACGCAGACAGCAAAGCCAAAGAAGACCAUGUGAGUCUACAGAAGCGUACAGAGAAAGCAAUCGGCUUGCUGCGAGCCGCCGGCGUACCCAAAGACCUCGACUGGAUCGCUGCCGAAGGCAUAAAAGCCUACGAAGAAAUGGGCACACCCUCCACAACCGCCCAAGUCCACCCCUACCAAUUCACUACAAGCAUGGCCCAACUCGCCCAAGAAAACGGCGUAAAAAUCCUCUACGGCUCCGCAACAACAAUCACCCAGGAAAACGGCGCCGUAACCUCCGUCUCCUACAAACCCAAAGACUCAGAUCAAGACGAACAAACACUCCCCGCAGACACAAUCAUCCUCACCGCAGGCCCCUGGACAAAAUCACUCUGGACCCCCACCCCCAUCUACCCCCUCCGCGCCCACAGCGUAACCAUCCGCCCCACCCGCCCCGUCUCCGCCUACGCCCUAUUCACCACCAUCAGCAUGCCGCGUGCCGCCGCCGGAACAGUAACACCGGAAAUCUACGCACGCCCCAACCAGGAAGUCUACGCCUGCGGCGACGGCGACACGCUCGUCCCUUUACCCGCCUCCACCGACCUCGUACACUGCGAUGAGCAGCGCUGCCAGGACAUCAUCGAUCAAGUAUCGUCCGUGUCAGAGGAGCUGAGAGAUGGAGAGGUGACAGCGCGACAGGCGUGUUAUUUGCCGAAUAUGAAGCGUGGGGGUCCCCUGGUAGGCAAGACGAGUGUGGCGGGUUUGCUGAUGGGGGCGGGGCAUACGUGUUGGGGGAUUCAGAAUGGGCCGGGGACGGGGAAGCUGUUGAGUGAGAUUGUGUUUGAGGGGGAGGCGAGGAGUGCGCGGAUUGAGAGUUUGGAUCCGAGGAAGUUUGGGGUGUGA